AUGGCAUCCUCAUCGCCCGUAGCCCAUCCGUCCUCGUGGGUAGACACCGCCCUCCCGCUGGGCCUCGAGCUGCAACCGCACGGCUACAUCAUCACCGCCUUCCUCGUGGUUCUCGUCACAUCCGUCGCCUUCAAACUUGCGAAACGGGACAACAGCAUCCCCUUCGUCGAUCCGCCGACAUGGCUCCGCCCCCGGCCGCUGGCACGGAUGGAUUUCUUGAAGACGGGCAUGAGCGUCCUCGACAAGGCGAAGUCCUCGGUUGCGGACAAGCCGUUUAGGGUGUUGUCGGAGAACGGCGAUUUGACGGUGUUGCCUCCGCGGUUUGCUCACAGUAUUCGGAAUGAGGAUGAUUUGAAUUUUAGGGCGUUCAUCAAGGCGGACUUUCACUAUGGGAUUGCGGGUUUCGAGCCCUUCGGCUUCGUUGACCAUGACUCUCAGAUCCUGCAAAAUGUUGCGAGGAAGCAGCUUACGAAGUACCUCAACACAGUAACCGAACCUCUCUCACUCGAAACAGCCUUUGCAGCAAGUCACAUCUUUGGCGAGUCUCCGGAAUGGCGCUCAAUCCCCGCCAAAGACGCGAUCCUCGACCUCGUCGCGCGCCUCUCCUCGCGCGUCUUCCUCGGCGACGAGCUCUGCCGUAACGAGGCCUGGCUGCGCGUCACCAAGGACUACACCGUCAUCUCCUUCAUGGCCGCGAUGAAGCUCACCUUCGUGCCCCGGCCGCUGCGGCCCCUGCUGCACUGGUUCCUCCCGGACUGCCGCCUCGUGCGGCAGCACCUGGCGCAGGCGCGCGCGCUCAUCAGCGGCGUGAUCGAGCAGCGGCGCGCCGCCAAGCACGAGGCCGCGGCCAAGGGGGAGGAGGCGCCGAGCUACAACGACGCCAUCGAGUGGGCUGAGAUGGAGUGCAAGGGGCAGGCGUACGACGCGGCUGUGUUCCAGUUGACGCUGAGCUUUGCGGCGAUUCAUACGACUACGGAUCUGUUGGCGCAGACGAUGCUAUUCCUUGCGAACCAGCCGGAGCUGAUCACGCCGCUGCGCGAGGAGGUUGUGCAGGUGUUGAAGGCGGAGGGGUGGAGGAAGACGGCGCUGUAUAACAUGAAGCUGAUGGACAGCGCGCUGAAGGAGACGCAGCGGAUGAAGCCGAACUCAAUGUUCCAGAUGCGCCGCCUCGCAACCAAGGACAUCACCCUCGACGAAGGCAUCACGAUCCGGCGCGGCGAGCGCCUCGUCGUCGACGCGUCCGCAAUGAAAGACCCCAAAAUCCACGGCGAGGAUGUGGACACGUACGACAUGUACCGGUUCCGGCGGAUGCGCGAGGAGCCCGGCAAGAUGCACAAGGCGCAGCUGGUGACGACGAGCCCCGAGCACCUGGCAUUCGGCCACGGGCAGCACGCGUGCCCGGGGCGGUUCUUCGCGUCGAACGAGGUCAAGGUGGCGCUGUGCCAUCUGCUGCUCAAGUACGACUGGAAGCUGGCGCCCGGCAACACCGCGGACCCGUUCGUGGUGGGGGUCGCGAGGCAGAUCAACCCGAAGACGGUGAUUAUGUUUCGGAGGAGGAAAGAGGAGUUGGAUAUUGACUCGUUGGACUUUGCGGUCGAGGGUGGUGAGAGGGAGUAA